GGACCCUAAUCAAGGGGCUGAUAGACCUCGAGGUCUGAAUGCUGCCGGUGCCCUCACGGCUGUGCCAGGCUCCUCUGGUGCCAGCCACGCCAGGAGGCCACUGCAGCAGGUGGCUGUCACCCUCCUGUGGGUGCAGGAAUGGAUCCUGGAGCCUUCAGAGACAGCUUGGAGAGACUGCAUGCUUAGGCACAGCAGUUACACCACAGCUGCGGUGUGAGCAGAGGAGCUUCCUCAUUUCCCCUUUCUACCUUUUCCCCCAACAUUUUUCCAGCUGGUGACCUGGGACAAACCACACAGCCGGAUCCCUCCACUCCCCGCUGCCUCAGCAGCCACAUCCUGGAGAUCAGAUCCCAAAGGGGACCUCCUCCCGGCUGGGGGUGGGACUGGAGGCACCGCAGGGGUGUCAGCACGGCACGUCCCCAACACCCAGGGCACCGUGCCGAGGGAGCUGCUGAACCAGGCACCACCACACACGGGAUUGCUGUGGAGAACAAACCGUCCUCCCACCGUGAACAGCCUCCCAAAAUCCGUCAUGGCUUCCUCCAUGCGGAGCCUGAUGUCCGACCCCAGCAGGUACCUCCGGUCCUUCCGCGUCUUCUUGGCAAAGUCGACCGAGCACCAGUGCAUGCAGGAGUUUGUGGAGCGGCAGCUGCCCGGCGUGCUGGCGAGUAUUGGACACGGGAAGCCUGCAAUCAAUGUUCUAAGUGUUGGUGGCGGAGCAGGAGAGAUUGACCUGCAGAUCCUCUCAGCUGUACAAGCCAGAUAUCCAGGGGUCACAAUCAACAAUGAGGUGGUGGAGCCAAGUGCCGAACAAAUCCUCAAGUACAAAGAGCGUGUGGCGGCGACAUCAAACCUCGAGAAUGUAAAGUUUACCUGGCAUAAGGAGACAGCUUAUGAAUAUGAAAGUCGAAUGAAUGCAGAAAAGAAUUCUAAAAAAUGGGACUUCAUUCACAUGAUUCAGAUGCUGUAUUAUGUGAAAGAUGUCCCAGCAACUAUCCAGUAUUUCCACAGCCUCCUGGAAGCACAGGCAAAGCUCCUCAUCAUCGUGGUGUCAGAAAACAGUGGCUGGGAAACGCUGUGGAAGAAGUACGGAUCUUCCUUGCCUUUAGAUGAUCUCUGCACUUACGUGUCCUCUGCUGAUAUCAAAAGGAUGCUGGAUUCAGCUGGGCUGAAGUACCAGCUCCACGAACUCCCAUCCGACAUGGACAUAACCUGCUGCUUUACUGAAGGGGACGAGGAUGGGGAGUUGUUGCUGGAUUUCUUGACAGAAACAUUGGACUUUUCUAAAACUGCUCCUCCUGAGCUAAAGCAUCAGAUAAUGGAAGAAUUAAAAAAGCCUGGAUGCAGUGAAAAAAGAAAUGGGAAGGUGCUUUUUAAUAACAACCUGAGUGCAAUAGUGAUUGAGCCCUGAAUUAACACAUUUUGUUUUUAAAACAUUGUUUAUAAAUGGAUUAGUUUACUUCUACUUAGUUUACCUCUUGUAGCCUGUUAAGAAAUUAUUACUAAUAUCUGUUGUUAUACGUGAACUUUAAUAGUGAGAUUAAUUCUGUACUAAUCUACGAACCUGUAACUCAGCAGUAAAUUGUGCUUUAUCAUAUGGACGUUGUGUAAUCAGAUGUAACUUGGACCAUCAACUCAAACACUGCAGAAGCCAGACCACUUCCUCUGGCUGAUGGAUAAUAGCCAUCAAUACAUGAUUAGGUCAUAUUCAUUUAAAAACUCUCUACAGACCAAAUACACAAUUUUCAACUUCUUAGUGACUCUUGCAAGAUGCCAUAAAAGUGAUUUGGGUACCAGGUACAUACUGGUACUGCAAGAGGGAAGGGUCUGAAGGUGGUUGUGGCACAGUAGUGGUAACAAUCAACCUCAAGAGGUGGAUUUUGCUGACAAGUCCUGAUGCAAAGCCUUGGUUAGGAAUCAGCUGCUGCUGUUACACGGGGCCUUUUCUAAUUUUUAAUUAAACACACAAACCAUCUGGUUGUAGCCUCUAACUAGCCUGGCAGCAAUGGCCAUGCAUGCCUUGUGAGAUUUCUAGCUUGGAAGAUGUAAAAAUAAACCCUGAAGCCAGAUGACAAUUUUCAGUGGGAUUUGUUUCCUUGCCAGUGAAACCACAUCAGGUCGGUCUGCCCGGCACAUGGUGCAAGGGGUCCAGCAAGAAGGUGUUUCUCCUCCUCAGCCCCUUCUCUCUGCAGGGCUGUCUGUGCUCCCGGAGCUGAUGCAUUUCUUUUGUUGAGUGAUUUCAUGGGUUUAAGAAGUUCUGUGCUCUCUGCGGGGCACAAUGCAUAACAGAAUACAAUACAGUUGUUGAAUGACUUUAAUAGCGUGAAUACUCAGUGUAUCCUGUGAGACAGGUGUGAUUUCUGCCAUUGAAAGAAUUCAGUCCAGGGUAGAAAUGGUUUAUUUAGGCAAUGCUUUAGCAGCAUGAAGUGAUGUUUUAGUUUUGCAUAUACAUUUCAGAAACAAUAUAGAUUAUUGAAGAUUUGAAGUGAUUUACAAGAGAAUGCAUCAGGCACUAAUAGCCAUUUAUACUCAUUUCAGAGUGAAUUAUUUGAAACACACAAUUCUCCUAGUGAUCAAAUAUUAAUUCCAGUGUGUUUUAGAACAUUUCCACAAUAUUUCUCAGCUGUUGAGCUGAAGAAAAUCUAUUGCCACUUUUACUCAGCCUUAUGCACAGAUUCUUGCAUUAGGAGACCUCGGCAUAUCUGUAAGCUGCUACAGUGAUGUGCCAGUGAGGGAGAGAAAGAAAAUCUCUCAUUAGGACAGAUUCCUGCAUGCAUUUCUAAUGGAAAGCACAUUAAAGUUUACAGUUAUUUCCAUAGCUCUUUUGUGUUGUCAACGACCUCUUGUUAAUGGUGCUUGUGGAGGCAGUGACCUCUGAAUAUUGCCACACAACCCUGUCAGAAGUGACGUAUCUUGGGGAGGCACAGAAACGCCAUAACAAAAGGAAAAGCUGAACUACAGCCAGCAACAGGAUGCACAUGCAUGGCCUGCUGUUUUAUGGUUUAACAGAGGUCAAAAACACCAGAAACAAAUGCUUUAGAGUUUUCUGGGGAGGUUUGUUCCAAAGAUUUGGCAACGGUCCCACCUCUUGCGUGAGCAGGAGAGAGCAAGGACAACAAAGAGGAUCUGGGGAGAAAAGAGGAUGGUAUGGCCAGAAAAAAAA